CUUUUCCUCUACAGGACUAACUCGGCUCCAAACAAGUAGCCAACUAGCCGUAAGAGGCUAGCUUUUCUUCUCACUAUAUUUGAUCGACAACAAGGUUUCACUCGUUUUUUUGGUGUUAAUAUACCGUCGUUUUUUUCAGUAUGACAUUGGAAUCAGCUGAUUUAAUUUUAAAUGCACAUUUGCUGAUAGCUGGAGACGUUAUAAGGCGGUGAAAAAUACCGGCUGUGUUAGCAAACUGGGAGAGGCUAACGUUAGCAGCUAGCCUAGGAAGUGUAGCAAGCCAAACUAAGCGACCAUUACUUGAAGCGGCUUCAAACCACCGGUUGUUGCGGCACCGCCAUUUAUCAGCUGACAUUAGUGGAGUGAAAGUGUAGGCAGUGGCCUAUGAGGAAGCCACGUCGAACAGGCCAGGCGGCCUGUGGAGGCAGCGGGGUGGAUGCCAAAAAGUCCAAUGGGACAGUUGGUGGGCGUGGGAGUGCCCGCCAGCGAUCUCCGUCUCCUUACAGCCUCAGAGCAUCUCCGACUAAAGAAACCCUCUCCUAUUCUCAGGCUCAGAAAGUGGUGGAGGUGGAACUUGAAGGAAGGCUUCACCGCAUUUCCGUUCUGGAACCAUUGGAAGUCAUUACAGACGACGAGUCCGUGGCUCAGGAUGUCAGCGAAUGCACCAGCAACAAAGAAAACAGUGACCGGUCUGUAUCGCCAACCAGCAGCGCACAAUCAACCCGUAAACCUUCCACGCCCAGAGGCCACAGAAAGGACUCCAGAUUAAGCUCUGCCAGGUCAACCCAGACUUCCAAGAACAAAUGUCCCAAUUCCCAACCUCAGACACCUGAAAAGUCCAGCAAGUCAAACAGCAAUCACACCAAGCUCCCUGAACCUAGUUUUCGUAUUGUGGAAACCUUUAGGCCAGUUGAGGCAUCUCCUCUCCCAACAGCUUAUUAUCGUUACAUUGAGUGCUCGCCUGACGAUCAGGAAACAAAGGCAGAGUAUGACAUGGAUGAGGAGGACACUGUAUGGCUGGAAAUGGUCAACAUCAGCCGGCUGUCCGACGGUCUCUCGGCUGUUUCACCCGACAAUUUUGAGCUGCUGGUGGACCGGUUGGAGGAGGAGGCGUAUCGGGAAGCCCGCAUUCGAGCACCUUCGCAAAGUGCUAUUGACGACGAUGCCUUUUGCUGCGUGUGCUUGGAUGAUGAAUGUCUGAACAGCAACGUCAUCCUGUUCUGUGACUCUUGCAACUUGGCAGUGCACCAAGAGUGUUACGGCGUACCCUACGUCCCUGAAGGACAGUGGCUCUGCCGCUGCUGCCUACAAUCUCCUCAGAAACCCGUCGACUGUGUUCUGUGCCCCAACAGGGGUGGUGCUUUCAAACAAACGAGCGAAGGUCGUUGGGCACACGUGGUUUGCGCCAUAUGGAUUCCGGAAGUUUGCUUUGCAAACACAGUGUUUUUAGAACCAGUGGAAGGGGUCAGUAACAUUCCUCCAGCUCGCUGGAAAUUAAACUGCUACCUCUGUAAGCAGAAAGGCCGCGGGGCGUGCAUUCAGUGCCACAAGGCCAAUUGUUACACUGCGUUUCACGUCACCUGUGCCCAGCGGGCUGGUCUCUUUAUGAAGAUUGAUCCUGUAAGAGAAACGGGAAUCAAUGGCACAACUUUUUCAGUCAGGAAGACGGCAUUUUGUGAGACGCACUCCCCCCCAGGACAGGAGACGGACUCCGAUGAGGAAAGCGAAGGACGAAUCGUUGGCAGCAGGAGCCGGGCGAGUAGAGGACGUAGUGCCUACACAGACGGUCCCAGUUUGCCCAAAAAGGGUAGAAAGUCUGAAGAUGGGCCAGAUGAUAAGAAGAAAGGGAAGAAGAAUGCAAACUCUUCACCCCAACAGACCGGUUCUCCACAAGUCAUUGUGCCUCAUAUACCCCCAAGCAGGUUGAAUAUAAUCUCCAAAGGAAUCCUCAUGCAAAGGAAAAACCAGUUUAUGCACAGGCUGCAUAGCUACUGGUUACUAAAACGUCAGUCAAGACACGGCGUGGCCCUGGUGCGGCGGCUGCACAACAACAUCCAAUCCCAAAGGAAUACAGAGCAGCCGGAAGUAGACGAGAAGAUUUCUGCAGCAAGAGAAGCACUGAGGUACUGGCAGAAACUUCGGCACGACCUGGAAAAGGCCAGGCUGCUGGUGGAGCUCAUACGCAAGAGAGAGAAGCUAAAACGAGAACAGGUCAAAGUUCACCAAUCAGCUUUAGAGCUGCAGCUGACUCCGAUGUUGAUGCUUCUGCGCUCCGCUCUGGAUCAGCUUCAGGAGAAGGACACGGCUCGGAUUUUUGCCCAACCAGUCGACUUGAAGGAGGUCCCAGACUACCUGGAGUUUAUCAGCCAUCCAAUGGACUUCUCCACUAUGCGCUCCAAGCUUGAAAGCCAUUCUUACCGCUCAGUGGCCGACCUGGAGGCGGACUUUAAUCUGAUGGUGUCAAACUGCCUCCUCUACAACACCAAAGACACAGUCUUCUACAAAGCAGCGCUACGUCUUCGGGACUUAGGGGGCGCCGUACUGCGGCACGCCCAGAGACAAGCCACAAACGCCGGCCUGGGUCUGGACACUGGCAUGCACCUCCCUGAGUCCCCCCAGAAAAAAGACUUUUAUAGCUGCACCUGGGAGGAUGUUGAUAGUGUCCUGGAUCCAGAUAACCGACUCCACAUGACGGUGGAGGAGCAGCUGAAGGAGCUUCUGGAGAAACUAGACUUUGUGGCUUCCAUGCGCUCCAGCGGCGCCCGGGCUAAACGCAUCCGCCUGCUACGGCGCGAGAUCAACAAGCUCCGGCACAGACAGGGGCAACCCACGGGCCACGGCGUCCACAACGGCCAUUUUAAAGAGGAAGGCGAGGAGGAUGAUGAUGACGACGACGAGGAUAUUGAGGCCAAAGCAGACGGCAGCGUUGGAUCCUCAGACAAAGACGACCUCAAAUCCACUUCUCCCCCAAGACUUGAACCUAGAGGACCGUCUCCUCCUCCCCGACUGGAAGACGCGCCCUUGGAGCCUCCAACACUGCGGCCAAUGACGGGGGAUAGCCAGUCCCUCACAUGGGCCACUAAGCGCCUUAAAAUGGACGCCAAUCUGUCAAACAGCGCAUCAGAGAACAUCAAUUGCACUAAAGCACAAGGAUGUUGUGGGAGCCCACCUCCCAGUUUGCACAGGGAAGGGCAGGUUGUGACGAACGGCCUGCCGGGGCUCUCCACCCCUCCACGGCCCCCAGCUGGGGGGGUCGGACGACGAACAUCUGUGUUGUUCAAGAAAGCAAAGAACGGAGCUAAGCUCUGCAGGGAAAGGGACAACACCGUGGUGAACGGGACUAGAGAGCCGACGGCCCCUAACUCAGCAGCCAGCAGCUGCCCGUCCACACCGGUGUCCAAAACCCCCCAGAAAAGCCCAGGUCCUCCCACUCUAAAGGAAGCAUGGACCCCCAGUAGAGACGGAUCAUCAGACACGGACCAGGGGAGGACGGGGAAUCGUACACUGGAAAGAGCACUGACCAACGGCUUCGACGCACACAAAGACAGCAGCUCUGACUCCGAGUCAAGAUCCUGUCCCGUCCUCCACAAAGAAAUCAACUCGCCGCCCAAACGGAGCCUCGGAAAGCCAUCUCUUUCCAAAGUCCCUCUUCCUGACAUAGUGAACGGAGACUCGGAUUAUAUUGCAGGAAACGGGAGUCAGUCUUCAGAGGACGAGACUGAGCUGGAGCCUUUAGAACUAGUGUGGGCAAAAUGCAGAGGGUAUCCGUCCUACCCUGCUCUGGUGAUCGACCCUGAGAUGCCAGAGGAGGGCCUGCUGCUUAAUGGAAUUCCUAUCCCCGUCCCACCCAAAGAUGUCCUCCGCCUGGGCGAGCAGAGACAGGAGGAGACCAACGAGAGGCUCUACCUGGUGCUUUUCUUUGACAAUAAGCGAACGUGGCAGUGGCUCCCCCGCGACAAAGUGACCCCUCUGGGAGUAGAUGACACAGCUGACAAGUUACGCAUAAUGGAGGGCCGCAAGUCCAGCAUCCGAAAGUCUGUACAGGUGGCGUACGACCGCGCCAUGAUCCACCAGAGCCGAGUCAGCCACAGCCACUGCUUUGCGACCUCUAACUACCUGUAGAGAUCAGAGUCCCAGACUGAACCACUGCUGUCGGACACACAGAACCGUUCUGCUCCGGCUGCUUUGUGUCAUUAGAGAUCAUGGAAAGGAAGAGACCGUAAGCCCCGCAUUGCUGCACCUCCACCUGGAUCUGUUUGAUCAAAUGUAAUUGAGCGUGAGCUUAAUGAAACCUGCUGCCAAGAGAUCAAAUGGACAGAGACGAGAUUUGACCUUUAAAUGAACUGCAGGAGACUGAUGGAUGCAUCACUGCCUUCUUUUAUACAACAGCUUUUCUAUGUUUUAAACUUUUUACUAAAGACUCUUGUAUAUUUUACUGGCAGCGUCUUUUUGUACAUAUGUCUGCGUCUAAUUUAAUGUUUUAAAUGCGUAUUUCAAUCAGCUCCUAAAGGGCAAAGCAAAGGCUCUGUGUGACGAUGAAAUGAUAAAUGGAGCGUACGGUAGGUUAAGAGUUUGCAUUGUGUAUUCUCGGCAUGAUGAGCCGAUUUAUAUUUGAAAUCUCUUUUUGAUACAGAGAAAUAAUUUAUUUAUGGAAAACAAACUAUAGAAAUAAAGUUAUAUUGGUUAAAUUGAGUUUUUAUUUAAGAUAAAGAGAUGAGAGUCAGCAUUGAAACGGAUGACUUGAUGUUUGUUUUUUUUUUGUUUUUUUCUGUUCUUUCAAACUCAUCACCAAACAGCAGCUUUUUCCGUUGACCCUCAUUGAUUUUAUUUAUUUCCCAAAGCCCUAUUUCACCAAUUAAACAGUACACCCUGAUAAGCUUUUUGCUGAGGUUAUAUUUUACCAGGUUAACCUUUCUUUUUUUUUUUUUUACCAGUUGUUAAUAACCAUAUUUUGAAAAC